AUGGACGAGCAAAUGGCCUACGCUAUGGCAGAGUACGGGGACUACGGCGAGUGCUUUGUGGCGGAGGAGCCGGAAGUUAGGACCAUCUCCAUGGAAGAGGUCGCGAAGCACAGCUCACCAGAGGAUUGUUGGGUCGUGCUCCACGGACGGGUCUACGACCUGACAAAGUUCGCGCUUGGGCACGUGGGCGGAAGCAAGCUGAUCACAGACCUGGCGGGCAAGGAUUGA